AUGUCUGAAGCCUCAGCAACCCAGUCACUCCUCAAUGUCAAUGCCUUGCUCGACAAUCCAGUGUUCGCUGGGGGCUUCGGCCUCGCGUCGCUUGGAGCGGCGCUGGCCAUGGCCCGCAGAGGAGCCAUCGCCGGCGCCGGCAUGAUUCGCAGGCGGCUCUUGGUCAACGUCGAGAUCAGCAAGCAGGACCCCGCCUACCCUUGGGUGCUCGCAUGGCUCUCCCAGCCCCGGCCGCAGACCUCGUUCCUCGCCAAGCGCCUGACCCGGAUCAACAAGCUUUCGGUAGCGACCGCCACGAGCACGACACCGAACGGACCGACCCGCGCCAGCUUCUUCCUGCAGCCUGGAUACGGCAGACAUAUUAUAAAGUACAAGCAUGCGUAUAUCUCUGUCAACAGGGAGAAGCAGGCCACUGCGAGGUCGAACACUGGCGAGCCGCACGAGACGGUUGAGCUCACCACUCUUUAUGCGCACCGUCACAUCUUUGAGGACGUCUUCACCGAGGCCCGUCAGAUCGCAUUGCAAGCCAACGAAGGCAAGACGGUCGUUUAUUCAGUGCGGAACUUUGACUGGACGCCCUUGGGCGAGCCAAAGAGGAAGCGACCGCUUACGAGUGUUGUACUAGACGAAGGCAUCAAGGAAGGCAUUGUCGGUGAUGUCAAGGACUUCCUCCAGAGACAAAAGUGGUACAUCGACCGUGGGAUUCCGUACCGGAGGGGCUACCUGUUGCAUGGACCUCCCGGAAGCGGAAAGACAUCAUUCAUCCAAGCAUUGGCCGGCGAGCUGGAUUACAGUGUUGCCAUGGUCAACCUCAGUGAGAUUGGCGUCACGGAUGAUAAGCUGGCAUUCCUGCUUACCAAGCUCCCUGAACGGACCAUCCUGCUCCUCGAAGACGUGGAUUCAGCUUUCGUCAACCGGAAAGCUAGGGGAUCAGACGGCUACAGCGGCCCGACUGUGACAUUCUCAGGCCUAUUGAACGCCCUCGAUGGCCUCUCAGCAGGCGAGGAACGCAUUGCGUUCCUGACCACAAACCAUAUCGAGCUCCUGGACCCGGCCCUUAUCCGGCCAGGUCGUGUGGACAUGAUGAUCCGCAUUGGCGAGGCUACCAGACACCAGGCAGGCCGAAUGUGGGAUAACUUCUAUGGUGAUGUUGACCAGGAUGGGUCGGGCAAGGCACGCUUCCUGAAUAAACUUGACAGCCUCGGCCUCUUCGGUAGCAGUGAGGACGGAGCCCCUCCACCACGGACCUCAACCGCCGCAAUACAAGGGUUGUUCUUGUUCAACAAGGAUAACAUGGAGGGUAGCAUCGACAUGGCCGAGGCUUUGGUUCCUCAGAAAAUCGAAGGGUGA